AGACGCUGCACGUGCGUCGCCGUGAACGCACGCAGCCCGCGCUCAUAAACCGCGUUGUGAACUUUACAAAACUGUAUUCGUUAACUUCCAAAACAAAUUUUAUUUAUUUAUAUAAUAAAUUCAGAGACGCUUCGCUUUUGUAGUGGCCUUCUAUCCUGUCUGUGACUAUAGAUAUUAUGGAAUAGUGUGAUCUAUUAGCCUUAAACGUAACAAAUACGGUAACGAUGUGCCUUAACGUGUAAUAAUCCUGCGGCCUGAGCCGCCAUUUGACAGCUGCGCGUGAGUCAUCGAAAUGCGAUGUCUGAAACUUUGUCUUUUGCUGGCUCUAUGUGUCUUUCCGGAGCCAGUUCCGGCAUGGAAAGGUGACAUAGUAAAGGCGUGGGCGAGAACACUAGGGCAAGAAUUAUGGGGUCUCAGUGAGGCUCUGACAAAGUCAGAGCAGAUUAGAAUUAAAUAUAAAAAGAUGAACGCAAGUGUGAAGAAGAAAGAUGGAAAUCAAAUAUUAGAUUCAUCGCUUCGUUCCGUCAGUACGAUGUUAACAAGAAAAAUCAAAGCUGUCAAGUGUAUCCAUGCUACAGCGCAAAAACUAGCGGAAGAGUUUAACUAUACUAUUACGAAAGAAGAAUAUGACAAUUUCAAAUAUUGCUCAGCUAAAUACUCAAAGUUCCAUUACGAAGAUCCUGCUGAUGCUAUCGACGAGGAUGAUGACACUAACAUACCAAAGUUUGCUAAGAAUGGUACAAACUAUAUGGAGAUUCAGUUAGAGAGAGAUACGCAUUUCUAUGACAUUAAUGUUAAUACUAAUAUGAGCUGUGUACAUGUACCAACAAAUAUUUAUUAUAAAGAGAAAGAAGCACUUAAUGCUAUAUUGUGGUCUAAAGGUCUCAAUGAUAUAUUUAUAAAAAAUUACAAAUCGGAUCCGUCGUUGGCGUGGCAAUACUUUGGAAGUUCUCGAGGCAUAUUAAGGUUUUUCCCUGGAAUGCCAUGGAAUAAUCGGAAGGUCGUCGACACAUACGAUUGCAGGGUGCGCCCAUGGUACAUUGAAGCAGCAACGUGUUCAAAAGACGUCAUCAUCUUAUUCGACGUAUCUGGUUCAAUGACUGGCUUUAAAAACUAUGUAGCCAGGAGGACACUGAGGUCUCUACUCGAUACUUUAUCUAAUAACGAUUAUGUUAACGUGUACUAUUUUAAGAAUAAAGCCGCGGAAGUGGUGAAAUGUUUCAAGGGCUUAGUGCAGGCCACUCCGGAAAAUCUUAAGACUAUCACGGAUACGUUGGAGCCGACUGACAAUGGGAAGACACACAAAGUACAGUUGGAAGGCAACGCUAACCUGACCGCAGCUUAUAUAAAAGCUUUUAAAACACUCGAAGCGAAACGGACCAAUUGUAGCGUCAGCAGCACGCAAGGAUGCAAUCAAUUGGUGAUGGUGAUCACCGACUACGUACCAGGGAAUCUAACAGAAGUAUUCGAUACGUAUAACCGAGAAACUGUAGGGAACGAAACAUACAUACCAGUGAGAGUAUUUACUUACCUCAUUGGCAAAGAGGUCACAAACGUGAGGGAAAUACAGUGGAUGGCUUGUUUGAAUAGAGGUUACUUCGUUCACAUUCAUUCGGUAGAAGAGGUUCAACAGCAAGUACUGAAAUACAUCAACGUGAUCGCACGUCCCAUGAUCCUGGCUAAGGAGGACCCUCCACAAACUUGGACUCACGCCAACAUCGACUAUACGAGAACUUCCUUAUGGGGCGUCAGCAGAGAUGUCAAGAAGCCUGAUGAAGACAAACUGGUGACAUCAGUGGCGAUUCCCGCGUUCGAUCUCAAGUAUAAUAAGGACAACAAUGACGCCAUGCUUCUCGGAGUAGCGGGAACAGAUGUGCCCAUAGACAGCAUCGCCAAGUUGGCUCAACCUCAUCAGCUCGGCGUCAACGGAUACUCUUUCAUUGUUAGCAACAACGGAUAUUUGUUGUUACAUCCGCUAUUAAUAACGACAAUUAACAAUGAACUCCAAGCUAACUACAAUAGCGUGGAUUUUGUAGAAGUAGAGCAGGUGGACGACGGGAACGGACCUCGAGUCCUUGGCGAUGAGAUACAGACACUAAGGCAGAAGCUGGUCGACGGGGAAGACGGCAACAUGAGCGAUAUCAAAGUCCUGUUCCAUUAUGAUAACAUGAGGAGAAUAGCUCGAGUAAAACACGACUAUUUCUUUAACAAAUUAGUGGGUACGCCUUUCUCAAUGGGUAUAUCAUUGCCACGGGGUUACGGCGACACGGAACUGCUGCUCAAAGACAAUCCACUCGAAGCAAAACAAGGCAAAGAACUAACUGGCAUCAAUGUCACAGAUUACUUUCGGUUUAGUUAUCGUGUACACCCCGACUGGGUAUAUUGUAAGUAUCAUUAUCUAGAAGGACACGAAUCUGAUAACGCUGAAGAAGAAAUUUGGUCAUUUUUAGUCCGCCUUUCUAACAAUGAAAUUGAUAUUACUAAGAAACAAUACCCUGACGAGGAAGAUGAUCGGCCGUUCAAAAUAGAAACUCAUUGCGGUGAUGCAACGACACAAUUGCAAAAGGACGAUUACUACUGCAACGAAGACCUGGUUAAGCAGUUGGUAUUCGACGCCAAACUCUCGGCACCAUAUUUCCAGGAAUGGGACUCGACUCCUGAGCAAAUUGCUCUUGCUGAUAAAUACAAUGUGAGCGUUCGCUUCAUAGCCACGUCUAGCGGACUUACCAGAUGGCAUUACAUCUUUGACGAUGAUAUGAAUGAAGUCGUUGAUGAUUAUGGAAACCGGAUGAAAAUGAGUAAUUCUACUGAAGAAGCAUUUGGUGAUAGAUAUUUUAAUGCGAUUGAAGAAACGUGGUACAAAGCGGCGGUCUUACAACACAUGAUCAAUUCUGCUUCCUUGGUUAUUGCAACUCCCCUUCCUAAUCUUGAUGAGAUUAUUGAGUCUAAAGUAGUGCCAGACAAAGAUAAGGAUAUCACAAUGACGGCCAGUUACGCCAUAUUCUAUAAAGAUGGGGAGUCAGAGACACCGGCGUCGGUUGUAGGAUUUGAAUUUUCGUUUGAAAGUUUUCAAAAAAGAUUUUUUGAAAUUACUAAAAUUACUUCUGACAAGCAUUUCAGCUGUGAAGACCAUCGCUAUAACUGUUACGUGGUAGACAGCUCUGGUUAUGUCGUGAUGUCUAAGGAAAAGGAGGAAAUAGGCAAGUUUUUCGGAGUAGUCGGGGAGCACACAGGCUACGUGCUAAGUUCAUUUCUUGACAAGAAGGUGUUCGAUCAUGUUGAAGUAUUCAAUUACCAGGCACUAUGUAAAAACGAGCGGUUGCAGGUGUCACCUAGUAGAGCCUGGUCUAUGUUAACGCCAUUUAGCAUCGUUACAAAUCUAAUGCACUGGUUCUUGACUGAAUUUAUCCUGAUACUUGCGGAUAUAGCAAACUGGAAUUUCAGCAGUUAUGCCAGUGUUAUUUAUGACAACGAAGGUAGGUUAUGGCCGAUUUUACUUAGUAUUACUCUUAAAAUAUGUAAUAUCCCCAAAUAAAGUAUAAUAGAUUUCAAUAUCAUUAAAAGUGCUUGAUUUUGAGCUGAAACAAGACACAAGACUUGUUAAAUACAGUUAUUGAUAUGUAUUAAAUAGUUAAGUGAAUUAGCUUGUUUAGAUUAAGCAAUACGAAGCGAUAUAUUAACAGAGGUGCGCUUUCGGUGUCGCUUCGCAACAAUAACAAUGACACUCAAAACGUAACAGUAAUAAAAAGCUUUCAAUAUUAGCGAUAAGAGUAGGUUCAAUUGAGUGUCCUUAUCGAUGUAGUCCAGUCAUAAUCAAUAAUAAAAAGCAGAGAGUAGAUAAGCCAAUAACAACACGUGCUAUACGCAUGGCCCCUCAGCAGCGAGCACAACCUUCAUCUUGGAACCCUAAUAUUUCCGCUUACAUAACGCAUGCUCUCGCUCACAGACUACGACUUAAACAGCUUGGGAAUCACAGAACCACCGACGACGACCACACAGCUACCACCUACAAGAAACGAAUCGAUGUCGGGGAAAGACGAUGAAAAGAAACCAUUUUCUUGCGAUCAGCAAAUAAUUUUAUACAUACUGAAUCAAUCACUGUUCCUCAAUACUAUGGGAGAAACUAUAGUAGUACACGAAGAUGAGCCAGGGGAUUGUCAUCCUAGAUACUGGGCGGCGUACAUAAGGGAGACGAAUCUCUUGUUAGUGGUUGUCGAGAAUUCUCAUGUGAAAUAUAAGACCAAUUGUACGAUACCACCAAAUACCACGCCGGAGCCGACAACUAAUUCGACUACAAGUAAAGAACCGUGCCAUAAACUCGAUCUUGCGAGUUUGACGAGACGAAGAUUGGAGGGAUGCUUUACAUACCAUAAAGAGGAGAAGAACAUAACAGCAUGUGGUAUCGGCAGUAUAAGCAGUGUAGACCUGGGCAUAUUUAUCGUUUGCAGUUUUCUAGCGUUAUUGUUCUCUGGCUGGACGGGAUAAGCCUUGAGGCCAAUUUGUACCUUUGUUACUUUCGCAAUAAAACUUGUUGCACCAU